UGGCUGAAGGUUUAGUGCACCACCAACUUGGGACCAGGUUGCAGACGCAUAUGGCUCACGGAUGCACAUUGCACACAGGACAGAACAGGUCUUGCUUUUCCCAGCUGGCCGUCCGCAGUAAAUCAUCAGCCGUGAUCCCCGAGGCCACCGCGACUGCGAUGCAUCAAGCUAAGUUGAGUUGCAGUCAGAGGCCCGUCUCUGGAGCUCGAGGCGGCAGAACUCCUGUGAGUGGUUGAUACUUGCAGCUUCUGGUUUCAAGUACUUCUAGCUCCUUUCCAAAAUCAUUCUCAGCCGUGUCGAAACAUACCCAAGUGGUGAUGAGCAAGGAGCAUGGACCCCCAUCUCGUUCAUGGGGAUCCCCCCGUCGGAAACGAGAGCUGGGUCCCCAGUCCAAGCAGGGCCCUGGAGACUCGACAGCAACGCCCCGCUCGAGGUCCCGCGUCUUCCGCCUCCGACAGGCUGCUGGUGCUGGUGCUGGUGCUGGUACCGCUACGACUGCAGCACGGCUGGUACCCUAUACACACAGCCUGUGGUGCCUUGGGGCAACGGGAUUGGUAUUGUCUACACCGUGGCCAGCGUACCCAAAGCGUGGCGCACGCGCCCUUGGCAUCCUGGCCUCGAGUUUGGAUGGGUGUGGGCUUGGAGCCUUGGGCUGGCUGCCGAGAGGCCCGGCCAACCACAGUCCGAAGAGCGCAAAGGCUAGUAAAGUGACCAAAGCAGAAAUGGAUUUGGCCCUGGCAGGCCCUGGCAGCCUGAAGUGACCGACUGCGGUAGGGCAGGGCAGAACUCCGUACAGGGCAGACAGAAGAGGGUGGGAUGGCGAAGAGGGGAGGGGAAAGGAGGAGGGGAAGGGACCCCAAGACAGGUUGCCAGCCAACAGGCAGGCCCAAGCCAAACGGCAGAACAGAGAGCAGUGCGCAGCAGACCACUGCGACAUCACAGGCUCACAGCACAGCACAGCAGGCAGAGCAGGGCAGGCCGGGCACCACCCAGACUCAGACUACAACCACACCGCAACCUUGUGCUUUGGCUCUGCCUUUCAUCCUCCCUCGCUCCCUCGCUCCCUCACCCUCUCCUCACCUUACCUUUCCCAGCAGCAUCAGCACCAACAGAAGCAGCCAGCAGCCAGCAGCCGUGAAAUUGCUGCGUGGAUGGACCUCGACAACCGGCAACGCUCCUGCCGAUCUCCCUCCCAUUCAAGCAUCGGGCCAUUCCCAAUUCAACCCAGCGCUCCCACCCGUGACAGGCAGCGGUGGUCCUGGCAGGCUCGCGCCAGACCAACUGCCCUUCCGGGUUUAAACCAGUGCAGAAGAAUGCAGCAGACAGCACCAAAGCCCAUCAGCUCAUAAUCUCUUUUUGCGCAGUAGGGUCUGCUUGGGCCAGUCACCACUCAUCACGGCGCGGCCCCAUCUGUGUGCAUACGCCCUCAUAUAACCCUUUUCAUCCUCCUGUCACCGGGUCUGCCUGCUCUUGUGUUGUCCGAUGACACCCGCUUGAUUUGGCUCGAGACCACCCAUUUCCAUAUCCAGAUCCAUCCUGUCCAUAUUCAGGCCAAUACCCAUAUACCCAUACCUUAUAUCCACAUUCCACACCCAGGCCUUGGGCAAUAAGGUUGUGGAAAGCCGCCGCGUCCUCAACCGAACCGGUCGGUCACCCACACGCUCGCACCCACGCUCGCACGCACCUUUACCUAUCUAUAUUUGAGGCCGCACACCACUCGACCUACCCUCUCCUCACCUGCAGAUGUCGAUGUGAUUGGCACUUCCUGGACGUGAAGAGCCUCGUACGAACUCACCCGCAGAGGUCAAUCAUUCUUUUUUUCCCCGAACCCUUUUUUUCUCUUCUUCUCUUUCUCCUUCUCCCCACAAUCUAUUGUUCUCUUCUCUGCUUUCCAACAUCAUCACUUCGAUUCAGCACGAUCCCUACCCUUGUACACCGCCGACCACGCACGGCAUCUUCGCUUUCUCAGCAGACAGCAAUUUAUCAGUCAUUGCGGCAAAUCAAACUCGGAGAAGACCAGUUCCUCGCCCCCAACUCUUACGCUUUUUCUCACCACCGCUCAACACAUCGCAAUCGGUCUGUUUUCCGAGUCCAACCCACGCAUGUCGCGCCUUCACAUGCCCCUGAACCUUCCCCGGAAUUGAGCCAGUGGAGCCCAUUUGCUUGAAAUUCGGAAGGAUGGACGGCAACAACAACGCCAUGGACGACAGCGCGAUGAUGCGGUAUUUGUUGGGGAAGUAUGGAUUGACCGAUCUUGUGGGCAUGCUGCGGUCAAUGUCAGCAAACGAACAAGGCAUGGUACCACCUGUCAGUUCCAGCAGCAACGGCCACAUGGCCGUGCCUUUCGAGGCCAAUCCGAGCCCGAUCUCAUUCUCCGACGCCAGUUCCAUCACUGGCAGCCUCUAUUCUACCUGUUCCGACACCUCAUCAUUCCACAGCCUGAGUCUCGCACCCUCUCCGGCGUCCAACCAAAAUGUGAUGCCAGGCCACAAUGCCGCACAAACCUCGUCAGUACGCUCUAUUGGCCGCAAGGUCGUCCGUCGGGCAGCAGGCGCAUCGAAACGCUCGAACCUCGGGGGGAUUGGCAGUGCGUGGGGGAAUAAAAAGCAGGAUCCCUUCGAGUGUCCGUUCUGCGGGGAACGAGGGAUUACGGUCGAGAUCAAGCGAAAGAACGAUUUGAAGCGCCACUUUCACGAAUUCCACACCAACCACUCGGUGUGGACAUGCGCCGCUCCCGGCUGCGGCUUGCCGUUCGAGUGGAAAUCAGCAUACACGAACCAUUUGAAAUCCUGCCACCAGGGCGUCGGGCCCUUGCCUGACGAUGCAAUGGCAAAAACAUGCCCGCAGGUUGUUUUUGCGUGCGGCUUCCAGGACUGCAAACGGAUUUUCGAAGCCCAGAGCGACGAGGAUGCCGACAAGAAGGCACACGAGUAUUUCGCUCACGUUGCCGACCAUUUUGACGGCGAUGGAUUAACGCAUCGCGAUUGGUCCUACUCGGCGAGAUUCCGAAACCUGAUGCGCCAGUCUCCGGUGGACGAGGCGUGGAAACGCCGCGUCAAAAUGUCAUCCGAGUCGCCUGCUUGGCAGGCACUGUCGUCCUUCACGCUACGAAAGAUGCUCGAGUGUCGCCACAUCUCGGAUGUUCAGCAAUUUGUGCAAUGUGCCUCAAUGUUAGGAUACGCGAAGAAGGACACCCAGCCUACUCUACCGCCUGGAUUCUUCAUUCCGAUCCGCGCCACGUGCCAGAUGGCAUCGGUGAACCACCGCGCCAAUCGCAGCCAGACCAGCCUCGACCAACUCCAACAACAUCAUCCGACGCAGCAGCAACAACAUCAGCACCAGCAGCAGCAAGGCGUGGACAUACCCGAUUUUAGCCCUUUCGAGACACCAUUGCCUACUUUCCCCAAGGUAGAGGAAGACGCGCAGAGCAUGUCCAAGAUAAGCAUGGUGCCGGCGCCACUAAGCUUCACGCCUCAAAGCCUCCCAUCGGAUGCCGGCUCUUGGACUUCACAGGAUCCACAGUCCGCUAUGACAACAGCACAAGAUCUCUCUAACACAUCAUUCCUAUUCCUGGACCCUGACGACACUAUCAUGAGCACACCCAACAUGCCCAACAUGCCGCUUCCGACGGCGCCAACCAACUCUUUCGGCUACUGGACGGAUCUCCUCGCGCAGAACAACGGCUAUUCGAACAUGUCCGCCUCCAUGGUUGUCCCAGGUGACCAGCAGCAGCACGGUCACAUGCAUCAGCACUAUACAACAUCGAGAGCGCCGGACCCACCCAUCGGCCUCGACAUGCAGCAAGGGCAACAUCAAGGCCAUAUGUCCCAGGCAUCGCAGAAGCGGCGAUGGAGCAUGCGGACCUCUAGCUCAGGCCAGACGGUCAGGCCUCCUCGCGAAAGUGCCCAGGGCGUGCCAUACAGAGACUCAACCUUGACACAAAACAGCGAUUCACGACCUGGCUCAAUCAUGUCCAGUGUUUUCCAUUUUGGCGGAUCAUAGACCUGUGCAUCGUUCACCGCGGGCGCUUGUCGCCGUUCAACGUAAUUGGUCUACGAUUUACCCAAGACCACACCAUUCUCUUGCUAUCUACCGAUUGUUGGUUCUCCGAGAAGCAACUCACACUCUCUAUCGAUCUCAUACCUUGUCACCCUUCACACACAAACACCACCCCGGCUGGUCGGUCUAGUACUUUUACUGGAGUCUGAGCGUUUCUUCGGCUGAUGAUGUACGCAACUACGUUUUCGUAUGCGAGAGAUACCGAGAUACCCCCCUCCAUUGUCAUUUUUCGUCGACGGCCACCGUCGAUCCGAGUCGCUCACACGAACACCUAAUUUUCUUGCGUCAUUUCCUCGGCGGUUCUGCUUGUUUUCGGUGUUCUCUUUUUUCCUUGUUCAAACCCUUCAAAAAAGUGGAGGAUGUUGAUCAUCGGUUCUGCUGUGAAUAAUCAUCUGGGAACCUGCCCACUUACUUGGAGUUUCCGAAUCCCCAUCCUGUUCUUACUUCCUCGUCUCUUCCGAAUGUUUUCCUGCUCAUUCCUUUGUUGGUUUCAUGAAAGCGUUGUUAUUUGCUCACAUAGAAUGGAGGUUGGUGGCCCAUGCAACGAGUUACUCGGAGUGGAACGGACUUUUCUGGAAAUGAAGAAUACCCACAAUCACACCUACAUCCCGGACAUUUUUCCUCGAUGAUGUCGGACGGUAGCAGCAGCUGCCCUGCUUAAAGUACCUAAUAUGGCACGUGGAUCUUUGUUCUCAUGGGCACUGACAUAAAAUACCCCCCAGUAUCCCAAAUACUAUAUACUUAAGUAGUGAUGAAUAUACAUAGACCCUGAUGACCCCAAUAGUCAAAGCGCCCUCCACGCCCUGCCCCAGUCUGCUCAUUUUCGCCUAAGACAAGAUCACACCACCUCUGGCUCAAAGCUGCCUGCAAUGCCUCGGCAACAAAAGACUCCCUAGGCAUCCGUGGCCCCACGUCCCUCUCUUAAACCUGCCGAAACGGUCACCCGGCAAGAGCCACAGAUGCGUAAUACAAAAUGCAAAAUGCGAGGUACAAGAAGCAAUCAUUCUCCUGCGGAACUGCCCUUGCAGUCGUCAAAUAGAUUACCGGCUUCUGCGCCUGGGACCCCUCGGGCUCCGCUUUGCUUUUCCGGAUUCGAGGCGAUGCAGCGGUGCUGAUUACGCAGUUACAAUACGAGGAGGGGCCGGGCCCGUUGUGUGCGAUGCUGCUCUGCCUGCCUACUCGCCGACCCAUGUUCCCCUUUACAUGUGAUUGUACUACAUAGUGGUCUUUGUCCCACCUCUGAGUGACACGACAGUCGCCGGAAUGCGACGUCGUGAAGGCACCUGCGGGAGAAAAGUCUAAAAGUGAUGCGGCGCCGGAAGAGGCAGUUUGGAGCGGGGGUCAUCGUCAGCGCAGACAGAUUGGAACAAGCAACGGUGGGCGAACUGGGCCAUGCUGAUACUUGAGAAGCCCUCAAUCACCCUCCUUAUUUCCUUUUCCUGUGUUCUUUUGCUGUGACGGGCCACCCGGACGCAACUGUCCGACUGGCAAGACGUGGCACUCCGCGUCCGGCAACGUCCAGUCCGACCGACCGUCUGUCCGCUCCCUCACACGCCGGUUUCGUGCAUUUCUGACUUGAGCGGAGAUCUGGUCGACGACAAACCUUCCCAGGACCUUCUCUCCCUCUCCAAGCAGCAAUCGCAUCCCAAGCACAGGUUCUAUUGCUCCCGUGGGAAUGCCCAGUCGUCAGGGAGUUCAGUCCGGUGCGACUCUGCGGCGGGGCGCUCCAGGAUUCCGCAAACCCCCCAAAACCACUGGGUUCCCACCUCCCGCUUUCUCGUCUGAUGUUGUCAGGUUCGAUCGCCCCAAGUAUGGCGACACCGGUAGCCUCAACGGCCUCGUAGCCGGGAAACCGGGCUGGUGUGAGGUUCGUUCGAAGAGUGACGCUGGGGCUGUUUCGGGGCGCAUGGACCCCCCCCAAAGGCCCCCCUGGUUCUCGAUCAUGCUCAGUCCUCCGGUUCUUGCUUGCUUCGGAUGAACGCACAUAUCACGGUGCGGAUAUAUGCCAGGUACCGCCGAGAAUGUUCUCUCCAGUCCGUCUGAGCGUGGUCUCACCUGGACCCCUUCGAGGAGAGCAACGUCAUCCCGGGACGUCUUUCGCUCACGGCGCAGUGCUCUUAAUUCAACGGGGUGUUGGCCUCGCAGGGCUAGCCCUACAAUGGUACUAUUUUACAAGAUGAAGCCUCUCAAUCGCACCCUUCAGGCGUUCCUGCUGGGCACAAGAAGCCACAUUCACAAUGUGCCGUCGGCCACGACAUAGACCGCGCUGCCGCUUCCCGGCCGGCUCUCGACAACCGCCCCCUCCCUCUGCUCCGGGGUGAGCUCCCUCUUGCUGUAGUACUCCCUCUCCCAGGCCUCCCUGACGGCGUCAACCUUGUCCGCCGGCACCAGGUGGACGCUGCACCCGCCCCACCCGGCCCCGGUCAGGCGGCUGCCGUAGCUGCCCGCCCUCCGCGCGAUGCUGCAGAUGUCGUCGAUCUCGGGGCAGCUGCACUCGUAGUCGUCCCGGCAGCUGUCCUGGGUGGCGUUCAUCAGCGCACCCAGCUUCUCGUUGUAGGCGGUCGUGUCCGCGCCGGCGUCCGGGUGGUUGGCCGGGUCCUCGAGCAGCGACAUGAAGUCGAGCACGCGCAGGGCCUCGCUGAAGACGUGCAGCGCGCGCUGGCGCAGCUUGAACCGGUCGGCGCGCACGGGGAACUUGGACGUGAACCGGGCGUUGAGCUCGUCCACGCUGACGCCCAGCGUCUCGGCGACCUCCUCGCGCGUGUAGCCCUCGGCCUUGCUCAGGGUCGUCUCCGUCAGCGAGAUGAGCUCGCGCAGCUGGUCCUUGACCGGCUUGCCCGCCUUGCCCGGGUGGCUGGCGUAGUAGGUGUCGUGGAAGCCCUUGAGCGAGACGCCCAGCGGCGCGGCGUCGGCGGGCAGCUGGGUUCCCGCGGGGUUCAGCGCGGCAUUCAGGUAGGCAGCGGCCAGGCUGCACUCGACCACGCGCAGGUUGUAGUGGAUGGGGCCGGUGACGUACUUGUCGGCGACGACGAAGGACUGGGCGAUCAGGAAGCACAGCUCUGGCUUGGUCUUGGGGAAGUGCACGGGGCGCGCGGUGAGGCUGGGCGAGAAGGAGACGUAGAGGGCCGAGCCGCGCUCGGAGAAGACUGAUGCGGACUGGUCCAUGCCUCCCGAGUUGACGCCGACGGCGCGCUCGGAGACGAUGGCCAGCUCGGUGAGCUCGGUCUUGUCGACCGUCUUCUCGCCGUUGGCGAUCAUGACGGCCAGGGCGGAGGUGCUUGUGAAGGCGGCGCUGGAACUCAGGCCGCCGCCGGCGGGCACGGUGCCGUCCAUGAGGAUCUGCAUGGAGACGGGCUUGUAGGCGGCGCCAUGCUUCUUCCUGAGGAGCUCCAGGGCGCCCUUGAGGCCGGACUUGAAGUAAUUGGUCCACUCGUGGACCGUGGCGUCGAUCUCGACGGCAUCAAAGGGGAUGUCGAACUCGUGGCUGGGGAACUUUUGGCCCUGGACAUUGGCAAUCUUGAUCUUGUAAGUCCCCUCCUUCACAGAGGCAGCGUCGAGCGUCGUGGAGACGGCGAUCAGGCAGUCGGCGGUAAUGGCCAUGGGCAGCACCGAGUACAGCGAAUAGUCAAUGUGCUCGCCGAUGAUGUUGACGCGACCCGGCGAGCGGGCGACGAACUCGGCAGGCUGGCCAUAGGUUGCCUGGAACUGGCUCAGGAGAUUAUUCCACCUUUUCCCCUGGGUCGCGAGGGCAUUGUCGGGGUAGAUCUGGUCCAACGACUUUGCAAACGGCACGGGGCCCGCCAUGGUGAGGGGUGAGGGUGGUGUCUUGUGUCUUGUGUGUCUUUGGGGGACGUGAAGAAUAUGCCCCGCAGUGGUGAUGGUGGGUGAUGGUGGGGGUGCGUUGGUUGCGUUGGUUGCAGGAGCGAGGGCGGGUUGGACGUAGUAGGCGAGUGGUUUAUAUGGACAAGACGUCGGGAGGCUGGAGAGACUUAUAGAAGGAAGAACAAGGCCAUGAGGCCAGGUGAGGUGAUUUCAUGAUCUGUUAGCCUGGUCAUCUCCCCAUUUGCGCCGAGGAUUGAGCCGCACCCUAACUGGGAGCACAACGCUGGUGCGCGAGCAAGCGAGCUGGCUGGUCGGAGCUGCUGGCUGGAGCUUGGAGCUGGUUCCACAGCCCACAGCCCACUCGCCCAACCCCAUCGCCGCCCCAUCCCAUCCCACAACUGCCCCGCGUCCCACUCCCUGC